AUGGUCAACCUGUUCAAGCGGAUGCGGAAGCUGAAGACUAUGCUUGAUAUCCGAGUUGGAACCGGCGCCGCAAUUCUUCCCAGCGUCGCCAAUGCCUCCAAAGAGUUUCCAGCCGUCACCCGACUGCACCUCACAUACGCCCAGAAAAUCUACGGUGCAGACAACCGAGCAGGACCCCCGCCAGCCCUGACCAUCUAUUUUGCCGACCGAAUCGGCAGCACCGCGACAGCCAUUGCGGGCGCGAAGAAGAUCACCGACAAGCACGCUCCAGCUCCCGCGAAUGGUGAAAAGAUGGCAACUGUCAACAUCAAGGAUCUGACAUACCAGGAGAUCUGGAAUCGUGUUCAGGCUUCCACGGGUGCGGAGGAGAUCCCCGUCUCCGAGGAGGAUAAGGCCGAGGCGCAGAAGUUCGAGGAUAUGAAUACCAAGGCUGUCAAGGAUCGGGAGCGGAUACAAGCCAAGCGGCAAGCGAAGAAGGAUCAGGAGCGCAUGCUUGCUGAGGCCAGAGGUGAGGUUGAGAAGUUGCAAGCGGCUUAG